AGCUCGCUGGCGUACGCGCAUAGAGAGCGAGGAACCACUUUAUAAACAUGGCGACCUUGUUGAGGAAAGUUGGGGUGAAUUUAAUGCAACUAAGCAGUAAACAUACUGCAAAAUAUCAACUGACACCACUCAGUCGUUGCUUAACUACAGGAAACUUUGAAUACAUUCUCGUGGACAAGAAAGGGGAGAAGAGCAAUGUUGGCUUGAUACAGCUGAAUCGGCCAAAGGCUCUCAACGCUCUCUGUGAUGGUCUCAUGAAAGAAGUCAGUGUAGCCCUGGACCAGUUUGAGAAGGACCGUGGUGUCGGCUGUGUAGUCCUCACUGGCAGUGAGAGGGCCUUUGCGGUGGGUGCAGACAUAGAAGAAAUGAGUGUUAAGUCCUUUUUUGAAGUAACAAGCACUUAUUUUCCUGGAGAGGCAGACAGUAUAGCCAACUUGAGAAAGCCUAUCCUAGCUGCAGUCAAUGGAUAUGCUCUGGGCGGAGGCUGCGAGGUCGCCAUGAUGUGCGACAUCAUCUAUGCUGGAGAGAAAGCCAAGUUUGGUCAGCCCGAGAUCACACUUGGAACAAUCCCUGGAGCGGGUGGCACACAACGCUUAAUCCGAGCUAUCGGAAAGUCAAAGGCAAUGGAGAUGGUGUUGACUGGGAACAUGAUGUCGGCUCAGGAGGCAGAGCAAGCAGGCCUUGUGAGUAAAGUGUUUCCCCCCGACCAGCUGGUAGCAGAGGCAGUGAAAACAGCUGAGAAGAUAUCAGGCUUCUCCAAGAUCAUUGUUGGCAUGUGUAAAGAGGCUGUCAAUGCAGCCAAUGAGAUGACUUUGAGAGAAGGCCUCCACUUUGAGAAGAGAAUUUUCCAUGCUUCAUUUGCCACUAAUGACAGGAAAGAGGGUAUGUCAGCAUUUGUGGAGAAGAGGCCGCCAAACUUCACUGAUAGUUGAGCUGUCAUGGCAGUGAUAACGUGUGUGUGUGUGAUGAAUCGACAUUGGUAUUAUCCGAGACCUGUACCAUGUUGUAUACGGCUGUAAUUGAACACUUUGAUUGAGUACAGCAUUACCCAGACUAUCAUUAUAUAUUCAGCAUAACUACUUGAUAAUGUGCUCGGCAGCGGUGUCAGAUCAAGAGUGUGGACCACUGGAGAGGAGAAUGGGACACAAAGAGUUCAGCUAAAUUCAGUCAAAUGCAGCAGGAAUGAUGAUGUUUUCCUACUUUGGGACUUGGAAGUCCAAGAACUGUGCAUCUCUUUGACGAUAUGUGUAGAAAUUAAAAUAAUGCUAAGAGAUGUAA